AUGGCAGCAUUCUCGACAACCCUCAAGACCUCGUGGCUUUUGUGCCUGGGUCUGGUGAUCCUGGCCCUCUUGGCCCCCAAGCAGGCCGACGCCCAUAUGGCCAUGCUCUACCCUACCCCUCGUGGCGGAUACGGCACCAAGCAGUUUGACGGCCGCAUCCACGUCUUUGUCGACUACCAGGGCUUCAAGUUCCCCUGCGGCGGAUACCCCAAGGGUCCUACCACCAACUUGAAGGCGGGACAAGUGGUGCCAGUUCGUUUCUGGACGCCUGAGUUGAAGAACGUUAACUCGCUGCCCAAGAACAAGAUGAGCGAGGCUCGUCAUGGCGGUGGCAUGUGCGAGUUCUCGCUCUCGUAUGAUGGUGGAAAGUCUUUCCACGUCAUUGGAUCCUACACCAAGACCUGCCCCGAUGUUUACUAUGAGUGGCCUGUCAAAAUCCCUGCCAACGUCCCCUCCUGCACACAGCCUGGCAAGUGCUUGUUCUCCUGGUCCUGGACUGCCAACCUCGUCCCCCAGUACUACCACAACUGUGCGGAUGUGUCGAUCAAGGGAGUCAAGAACGGAAAGCUGCCCUCGCAGCUGAUGAAGAAGUACGACUUCAAGGCCAAGGGCGUCAAGACCGGUGUCACCUACCCUGGUGACGGAAAGUCCCACGACCGUGGUGUCGGACCCUCCAAGGCCGAAAUUUCCAAGAACACUAAGUAA